AUGGAUUCAGUUUUAAGCCAUUGCAUUCCAAGUGAUUUGAUGGGCAAAACAGUUUUAAGUCGCCGUUCUCCAUUCAAGGUCCAUCAAGCUUUAUGGAAUCCAGAUAUCGAUUUAUUAACUUUAGCUUCUCAAAAAGGUGAAGUAUGCGUACGACGUUUGCAUUGGAGGCAUGGAUGGAAGAGAGACAUAUAUGAUGUCAGGCCACUCUUGUUAGACCGAGUCAAAUCGGAAGGUGAAAUUCGAUUGGAAACGAUGUGUUGGAGUCCUGAUGGCAAGGUUCUUGCAACAGCUUUUAGUGACGGCUGUAUUCAUCUGCUAGAUGCUGAAAAAGGAAUCGUCAGGUUUACUGUCAGAAUGAAAGCUCGUGUAACGCUAAUGCGAUGGCAGCGAUUCAGUCAAGAGCUGAACAUAAACCUAAUCAGUGAGGACGCACUUUCUGGCGCACUUGGUGAUUUAUCAGAAAGUGAAAGUUUAAAUGACAAACCAGAAGAACUGAAUCAAUUAAGAGCAAUGAAGGCAUUCUGUGACAGCAGCAAUCUCAGUGUUCUUGGAACGUUAUUGUUCGCGCUUAAUAUAGACAAUACUGUGAUUGUUUUGGCAGCAGGUGUUCUUCCUAUUGCUUCGAUCGAGCCAUCGCUACAUUUUUUUGGCAACUGUGAUCCUUAUUCAGUAACAGUGGGUGAUAUGUUUUAUUCAUCCAAGCGAGGUCAAUUGAUGGUAGUAUAUUCCAGUAUGGGUCAACUCAACUCAGAGAACAAUCCAGGAAUGAAUACUCAGGUUAUUGGUUUUGACAUCGACAGUUUAGGUUAUCUGAAAAACGGUCUAAUAUGGACUAUUGCACGCAGGUGGCUGAAACUAGUGUUUUAUGUGUGCUUUGUUUCUGAAACAUUUGCUCGAGCAAUUGUUGAUUGGGAAGAUCAAUCAAAGGAAUUUAAUGAAAAAUUCAAUUUGUUUGGUGAAGAAAGUGUCUCAAAUUGUAAUCUUGGAGAGUGUUUUAUCAACAUGAUAUUGACGGGGCAAGCGAGUCCAGAACUGGUGAAUUUUUAUCGCAACGUGCUAAAACCAGCGGAUUGGAAAAAAAUGACUGAUUGGGCACACAAAGGUUUCGGUGAUAUAAUUGAAAGCGUCGGUAGAGAACUCCUUCCUGGUGCAGAAGCAUUGCAGCAUAACAUGAAACAAUUGUUUAUUGAGAUGCGAUGUGCGUUACGUAGUUCUAAAACUGAAAAGCUUUUACCUGAACGUUUAUUCGAUGUCGACGUAUAUCCUUACGGCAAGUAUGCUGAAAAAAGUGAUGAAGAAUCUUCGUUAAAAGAACUUAAGAGUUUCCAGAAUCUAGCGGAAGACAUCAUAAAUAAAAUUAACGAAAUGCAUUUAGUAGCUACGCGCAAUAGGAAGGAUUUGGUUAGUUUCACUAAUUGGUUAUCACAAACACCACCAUUUACGGCAAAGAACAAACGUUCCGCUGCAGAGCUAAAAUUCGAUUUACAGUUGAUUACUGAAUAUAUCAGGCAAGCAACUAUUUCAAGAAACGGAACUGCAACAGAAAGAUUUGAAAUGACCGAUGCUUUCCAGAAUUAUUCUUUUGAUAAAGUUCUGCAAUAUUUUGGUUGUCAUAAACCUCUUAAGUAUCGUUUGGAUGUUCGGAGCAAUGCUUGGAAUAUGUUGUGUGAGCAGCAGUCUUCGAGAACAUUAGCUGAUAGUAUCACGUGUUGCUUUGACGUCUUGCAAACUAUACAGGAUAUAUUCCUGAAAAACUUCACUGCGGCAGUCGUAGCGCAGACAAAUUCAAUUUUGGAACAAAAUCAUGCAGAAGGUUUUGAAAAAUUUGCAAUAUUUCUUCCUCAUGAAACUGCAUCUGAAUGCUAUACAUAUGAUGAGCAAAAGUGGUUGUUAACGAUAGCGGAUGAACCGUUUGCAGUAUCUUGCAUUGGCGUUAAUGGCUCUCGUCAUGUAAUCUAUGGAGCUUCGAGUAAAAUGCUUUACAAAAUGUGCUACUCAAAACAGUGUUCAAAAAAUGUGGCUGGUUUUAGUGGCGAUAUCAAACAUAUUGUAACAAAAAAUUCAGAUAGCGAUAGUUUCCAAGAACAAGCCGAUAAGGUUAAGCUAUCUUCAGAUGAACAGCAAUCACAUAAUAGUGGGAAAAGUACAAGGGGAAUCGAUAAUGUCAUGCCGAAGUCGCCAACCUCAGCGAAGCUGUUGAGAAUUGAAAAUCCUUUCAAUUCAUUAAAGAAAUACAGAAAUGUAUCUUCAGUCAGUCGCCGACUGGUGCAUUUCGAAUGGUAUGGUAACGGAAGUUUUUAUGGGCUACUGAAAAUUUGUAAGGCCAACAAAGAACAAACAGUACUCUUCAGAAGCUGCCUUUUUGAUAAUACAAAUUAUUUGCAUGAGGAUAUCUCAGGUUGUACGGAGUCGUACGUAUCAUUUACUCUUUCUUUUCAUCGAAAAUCGGGUGUUAUUUUCACAGAAAAUGGUUUUCGGGCAAAAUGGUUCGAAAUUAAGAUCCCUAUACAAAGAAUUUCAGUUCUUAAUCGACAGCAGUCUAAAUAUGGUACUUAUCAAAACAGUCAAACGAAAAGCAUAUUUACUGAAGCUAUGGAUGUAACUGAACAAUUACACAUUGAAGAGGGCUUGAUUGCUGAACAACAAGAAGAAGAUGAGAUGGAGGAAAGUGUUCAAUUAAGAAGAAGCGUAAGGAAGCGAAAACCACUGAAGAAAUAG